AUGAUAUUGACACCACCACAUUACUUUGGAGAUAGACACUGUGGGUAUUGCAAGCACUCAAACAAACGGGAUUAUUAUGCAUUGGAAUCACAAAUCGGAUCCAACUUUCCGCAGCAGUCAGUAACAAUUGGUUCGUCAGUCUGGCAAAUGUCGUGUAAAGAAUACGAUGAAUUGAUAAACACCGGGUUUAGGAGAUCUGGAACAUUCUUAUACAAGCCAGACUUGUUAAGGACUUGUUGCAGGUUGUACACAAUCAGAACACGACUCGCAAUGUGUAAAUUGACAAAAGAACACAGAAAGGUGGUCAACCGAUUCAUUAAAGAAAUAUGUCCUGAAUUGCCCCAGCCCAAGAAAAACACUUUUGAUUUGAAUCGAUUGUAUGAGGCACAACUUCAAUCAAAACGAUUCCAAACCAGGUUUGAGCCAUCGGUAUUUUCUAAAGAAAAGUUUGAAUUGUAUAAAAAGUAUCAGGUGCUGGUGCAUAAUGAUGAUCCAGACGACGUAACCGAAUCUUCAUUCAAAAGAUUUCUAUGUGACACGCCGUUCCCUGAUGAUGAGGUUGAAGGAGACAAAGACCAAUUUCAAGGACUUGAACCCAAAAAUUGGGGUACAUCAACAACACCACGUGCCGGUCCCACCCAUGAACUAUACUUUUUGGACGGGAAAUUGAUCGCCAUCUCCAUUCUUGACUUUCUACCAUCUGGCGUCUCUUCGAUAUAUUUCAUCUGGGAUCCCGACUAUGCUCAUUUAAGCUUGGGCACUUUGUCUGGCUUGAAAGAGAUGCAGAUGUGCGAGAAGCUAGAUUAUUCAUGGUAUUAUUUGGGAUACUAUGUUGAGGAUUGUGUCAAGAUGAAGUAUAAACGGAAAUUUGGUGGUGAGUUAUUGGAUUUGUGCAACGAGGUAUAUUUCCCGUUAGAGAUUGUUGAUCCAUAUAUAAAGAAUGGCAGACUAUUUGUCAUUGGGGAAAAGGACGACGAGUAUGAAUCAGAGCUUGAGAUUGAGAGUUUGGGAGCCCCAUUGGACUAUAAGGAUAGUGAUUUUUUUGGCAAGAAACUAGUCAACGUAGCUGAGGAUAUUUACGGCAACGAAAGAGUAAACGAAGACGCCAAAAAGGCCAGACAAAUCCUAAAAGUCAAAUAUCAAAUUGACCCGAAUAAUUCUCAAUUGCGAUUACCAAAUGUUGUGCCCGGGAUAAUUCCUCUUUGGCAAAUACUAGAAUGGUUUGAUAUGGGUACAAUCGAUGAGGAAUAUGUUGUUGAGAUAUUUAUGGGGGGGAAAAUGCUUGAGUAUUCUCUUGGCGAACUUAAUGGCGAAGGGAGAGCUAUUGUGGUUGAUUGUAUAAGAGCCUUUGGUUUAGAGAAAGUGCAGGGUAUGGUGAUUAUGUUGUGA